CAAUCAGAACCUCAUCUGUGACAGUCUGCUGCCAGACAGAGAUUUGCUACUCCAAACACGUCUCGUUAAUCAGGUCACCAGCAUGAGGCCAAACAUCUUCCUAGCUAUGGGAGAAGAUUCAUCCCAGUAUCGCAGGUGGUACUACGAGCUGGUUGUGGAUCACGUCAAACCCUUUGUCACAUCUGAGCCCACACACCUGCGUGUCGGCUGGGCUUACAUGAAAGGCUACCAGCCCAGGCCGACAGGCGGCGAGGGCUGGGGGGGGAAUGGAGUGGGAGAUGACCUCUGCUCGUAUGGCUUUGAUGGACUUCACCUCUGGUCAGGCUGUGUGAGCCGGAAAGUCAGCUCCCCGUUCCCUCACCUACUAAAAGAUGAUGAUGUCGUUAGCUGCUGCCUCGACCUAAGCAUUCCCUGCAUCUCAUUCCGGGUCAAUGGUCUACCUGUGCAGGGCAUGUUUGAGAACUUCAACGCUAAUGGACUUCUUUAUCCUGUGGUCAGCUUCUCUGCUGGAGUAAAAGUUCGUUUUCUGUUUGGGGGAAGGCAUGGAGAGUUUCGCUUCCUGCCACCUCCAGGUUAUGCUUCUUGCUCUGAAGCUCUUCUCCCAAAAGUCAGACUGAAGGUACAGCUGUGUCAGGAAUACAUUUUGGAUCAUGGUGAAGGGAAACAAGAGCUUAUUGGCCCCUUAGUGCCUGUCACUCCAGUUACCUUCACUCCGACAACAAUAGACAUCAGUAAGGUGGUAUUGCCUCCACAACUUGAGGACAUUCGAGAAAAAAUGGCUGAGAAUAUCCAUGAGCUCUGGGUAAUGGACAAGAUUGAUCUCGGAUGGACACAUGGACCAGUGAGGGAUGAAGAUAAGAGACAUGAUCCUUGUCUGGUGGAGUUCUCCAAGUUGCCAGACCAUGAGAGAAACCAGAACCUUCAGAUGGCACAGGACACACUCAGGACCCUGCUGGCACUUGGUUUCCACAUCGGAUUGAUGGAUGGUCAUGCUGAGAAACACAUGAAGUACAUGAGACUUCCUGUCAAGUAUGAGCAGAUGACUGGCUACAGGCCUGCUCCAGUAGACCUGAGCCAGGUGUCUCUGAGCUCAGACCACGAGGAAGCAGUUAAGUUGCUGGCAGAGAAUGAACACAACGUAUGGGCCAGAGAGCGAAUCAAACAGGGAUGGACUUAUGGAGCGCAACAGGAUAUAAAAGCAAAGCAGAGCCCUUACCUUCUGCCCUACAGCCUUCUUGAUGAAAGAACUCGGAGAGUGGGAAGAGAGAGUGUCAGAGAGACUGUCUGUACCCUGCUGGCAUACGGCUACAGCCUGGAGCCCCUAAACCAGGAUCACACUACAUUAUCAAAACCAUGUUUCUUCUCUGCUGAGAAAUGCAGAGUGUUCAGACCAGAUAAAUCAUAUGCUGUGACCCAGGGGAAGUGGUAUUUUGAAUAUGAAAUACUGACAGCAGGGAAUAUGAGAGUGGGCUGGGCCCGACCAGGCUGUACCCCAGAUAAAGAGCUUGGCUCAGAUGACCAAGCAUAUGUCUUUGAUGGAUUUGAGGCUCAGUGGUACCAUCAGGGCGGCGAGCCCCUGGGACGUCCAUGGCUGAGAGGUGAGGUGGUGGGUUGCUUGGUGGACAUGGAUGAAUGCACCAUGAUGGUUACGCUCAAUGGAGAGCUGCUGUUUAAUGACAGAGGAUCGGAGCUGACUGCCAAGGACUUUGAUAUUAGAGAUGGCCUAUUACCUGUGGUUAGUGUUGGGGUGAACCAGGUGGGGAGGCUGAAUCUGGGACGCCAAGUAGGCUCUUUGCAAUACUUUACUGUGUGUGGCCUGCAGGAGGGGUAUAGACCUUUUGCCAUCAACAUGGCCAGAGACCCAGCUCUGUGGAUGAGUUGGAAACAGCCUCAGUUUACCUCCAUACUACCUGAUGAUCACUAUUUACAGGUUACAAGAGUCAGCGGCUCAGCGGAUUCCUUAUCCAGCCUGAGGGUCUCCCAGUGUAUGCAACCGCACCAUGGUGGAGAAAGUGAGAUGGGCUAUUAUCGCCUCAGCAUGUCUGUCGGAUGUGCUGCUGUCCUCAGAAGCCCACCAGGGGGGGUGCUUCCUGUGGCCUCCAGUGCUCUCUCUCCAAGCUCAGAAAGGAAAGAGCAGGAGGAGGUGGACUCUGACUUUGAGGUGCUGAUGAAGUCAGCCCACAGCUAUGCUGGUUCAAGAGAUGAGCUCAACCAUAAAGAUCAUAGUCACGACAAAACAUCAAGACUGAAACAGCGGUUUAUGCUGAAGAAGACCAAACCAGGCUUAGUCAGCAGUAACUCAUCUGCACGGCUCCUCGAAGACGUUGUAGUCGACAAGGAUAACUAUGAUCACCUUAUCCAGAGCUCCAGAUAUUACUACUCAGUGCGGGUUCUUCCAGGCCAGGAGCCAUUCAAUGUGUGGGUAGGCUGGGUGACCUCUGACUUUCAUCAGCAUGACAUGACAUUUAACACUGACAAUGUCCACACUGUGACUGUCACCCUUGGAGAUGACAGUGGCAAAGUCCAGGAAAGCGUAAAGCGGUCUAACUGCUAUAUGGUUUGUGCUGGAGAGGCAACAGGGCUGUCUCAGAGUCGGAGAAGCACAGGAUUGGAAAUUGGCUGUUUGAUUGACACAACCACUGGUCUGCUUACAUUUACCUCCAGUGGAGUGGAGAUGGCCACUUUCUACCAAGUGGAGGCAAGUACAAAGCUCUUUCCUGCUGUUUUUGUCAAACCCACCACCAAAAACAUGUUUCAGUUUGAACUGGGACGCAUCAAGAAUGUGAUGCCACUGUCCUCAGGUUUGCUUCGGAGCCAGUCAAGGAAUGUCACUCCUCAGUGUCCUCCUAGGGUUCAGGUCCAGUGGCUGAGGCCUGCUUCAUGGACUAGAAUACCAGACAGAGCACUGAAAGUGUUGGUUGAUCGACCAGAUGAAUGUCACGGCUGGAGAAUUCAAUGCCGUGAGCCCUUACAAGCCAUGAUCCUUCACAUUCCUGAUGAAAACAGGUGUGUUGACAUUUUGGAACUGUCGGAGCUUGAUGACCUCUUGACCUUUCACAACAAUACCCUCCUGCUCUACUGCUCUUUAUGUGCUCUUGGCAACACCAGAGUUUGCCAUGCCCUCUGCAGUCAUGUGGACCAGUCGCAGAUUCUUUAUGCUAUUCAGGAUCCCUACCUCCCUGGCCUGCUCCGGUCUGCAUUUUAUCAGCUGCUUUUUCAGGUUUUCCUCAGCAGCUACACCACAGCCUGUCUUAUGAUGAACCAUGAAUACAUAGUUCCUAUGACUGACCAAACCAGAGAAAUCACCCUUUAUCCCAGUCCUAUUAAUGGUGGGGAUAGACAACCUCCAGAGGGAAUACCAAGUGCUAGUUGUAGCACAUCCCUUAAACCUCAGAUGCAUUUUUCAACUCCUUGCUUUAUCAGAAGCGAUUGCAUAGAAGGAGCUAGUGCACUGGAAAUAGCCUGCAAAGACAGCCCAGAAAUCUCUCUGGACGUUUUAAAGAAUCUUACCGUGGAGAUGCUGACUGCUGCAGUUUGGGCUGUGGGUCAGGAUGUAAGGGAUCCUGCAGGAGGCAAAAUCGAACUUUUGCUUGUUCCUUUAUUAAGACUUUUCUACAGCCUCUUGGUUAUGGGGGUGUGUAGAGAUGAAGACUUAGGGAAGAUUCUUAGACUCAUGGAGCAUUGUGCAUUUGCAAGGCCUGGAACACCCAUAGAGAAGUUGGAAGAAGAAACUGGUGAUGAUGAAGAAGAGCAGAAAGGAGUGAUCACUGAAGAAAGUUACACUGUUAAACAAGGACUUCUUCAAAUGAAGCUUCCAGAAGCUGUCAAACUUGAGCUCUGCCACUUGCUAUCCUACCUGUGUGACUGCCAGGUUCGCCACAGGGUAGAAGCUGUGAUUGCUUUCUCCGACAGCUUUGUUGGCCAGCUGCAGGAGAACCAGCGGUUUCGCUACAACCAGGUCAUGCAGGCGCUCAACAUGUCUGCUGCCCUCACUGCUCGCAAGACAAAGGAGUUCCGGUUACCGCCACAGGAGCAGAUCAAUAUGCUGCUGACCUUCAGAGAAGAUGCGCAGCAGGAGAACUCUCCGUGUCCAGUGGAAAUCCAGGAGCUUCUUCAAGACUUCCAUCACCUCCUCGAGACACACUGUGGCAUUGAUUUGGCCAGCACCUCAGAGGAUGAAGAGGAUGCAGAGAUGUCUAUAAAAGAACAACUUCUCUGUCUUGUGGCGAGAGUCUUUGGCCGUAAUAAGUCAUCAAUGGAUAUAGACGGGUGUUCUUCACAUAGCCCUAAGUCCCUCAAAAAGAUGAUCUCUGAAACAAUGGUGCGCUGGGCUCAAGAAAGUGAGAUUGAGGACCCUGAACUAGUCAGUGCUAUCUUCUCAUUGCUGCACCGCCAGUAUCAGGGCCUCAGGGGCCUAAUGGAAAGACCCUUAUUCAAAGCUUAUACCAUCAAGCAGUCGUCACUGGUGGACACCAUGGCACUCUUGUCCUCCUUGGGCCAAAUCCGCUCCCUCCUCAGUGUUCGCAUGGGGAAAGAGGAAGAGAGGUUGAUGAUCACACGACUAGGAGAUAUCAUGAAUAAUAAAGUUUUCUACCAACAUCCAAACCUAAUAAGGGCAUUGUCGAUGCAUGAGACUGUGAUGGAGGUGAUGGUCAAUGUUCUUGGAGAAGGGCAAAUAAAGGAGAUUACCUUCCCUAAGAUGGUUGCCAGCUGCUGUCGAUUCCUGUGCUAUUUUUGCCGUAUCAGCCGACACAAUCAGGGAGCCUUGUUUGACCACCUCAGCUACUUAUUGGAAAACAGCAGUGUCGGGCUAGCUUCACCGUCCAUGCGUGGAUCCACUCCUCUGGAUGUGGCUGCAGCUUCAGUUAUGGAUAAUAAUGAAUUGGCCUUAGCACUGAGGGAAUCAGACCUGGAGAAGGUGGUUCAGUGCCUUGCUGGCUGUGGUCUCCAGAGCUGUCCAAUGCUAGUGGCAAAAGGUUAUUGCGAUAUAGGGUGGAACCCUGUGGAGGGCGAGCGUUAUCUGGAUUUUCUACGUUUUGUUGUCUUCUGCAAUGGCGAGAGUGUCGAGGAGAAUGCUUAUGUGGUGUUGAGGCUGUUGAUUCGUCGACCUGAGUGUUUUGGCCCUGCACUGCGAGGUGAUGGGGGAAAUGGUCUCUUAGCAGCCAUGGAAGAAGCCAUCAAGAUCUCUGAAGACCCUUCUAUGGAUGGUCCUUGUACCAAUUAUCAUUCCAACAGAGCGCUAGAUGUUGUCCAAGACGGCGAUGAUGAUGUCAUUCACAUGGGGCACGCCAUUAUGACCUUCUACUCAGCUCUUAUUGACUUGCUCGGUCGCUGUGCUCCGGAGAUGCAUUUAAUUCAAGGAGGCAAAGGAGAGGCAAUCCGUAUCAGGGCCAUUCUGAGGUCUCUCAUCCCUAUUCGGGAUCUUCAGGGAGUCAUCAGCAUCUCCUUUCAAAUCCCUUCAGUCUCUAAAGAUGGUGCAUUGGUUGAGCCUGACCUAUCUACAGUGUUCUGCCCAGACCACAAAGCAGCCAUGGUGCUGUUCCUGGAUCGGGUUUAUGGCAUUGAGAGUCAGAGUUUUCUUCUCCACCUUCUAGAAGUUGGCUUUCUGCCUGACCUUCAGGCAGCUGUCUCUCUUGACACUGCCGACCUAGGAUCCACUGACAUGGCUCUGGCCCUCAAUAGAUACUUGUGUACUGCUGUUCUUCCCCUUCUCACCAAAUAUUCAGUUCUUUUCCAUGAUUUAGAGGACCACAUCUGGCUGGUUGAUUCUCUCAUUCAGGCAGUCUACCGCCUCUCGAGGGCUCUUAGCUUGACCAAGGCUCAGAGAGACACUACAGAAGACUGUCUGUUGGCUUUGUGCAGUAAACUCCAGCCACCUAUGAUGCAGCCUCUCCUUCGUCGGCUUGUCUUUGAUGUCCUUCAUCUGACAGACCACAGCAAAAUGCCUCUAAAGCUCUUGACCAGUCACUAUGAGCAAAGGUGGAAGUACUACUCCCAGUCUGGCAGGCAGGGUGAGCAGGGUUGUGCAUCUGAAGAAGAACUCUACCUGUCUACAAAGUUGUUCUGGGGGGUGUUCAAGGCCUUAGCCAAGAAGCCCCAGAUACUUCAGUUAUCGAGUCUAUGUGUGCAGUGCAUCUCUGCAGUGGCCAUGGCCCUGCCUCCUGAUCAUAUGGAACAAAACUGCUCGUCGCACAUUGAGAAAAUAACCUCCAUCGAUACAGACGGACACUUUGACCCCCAGCCUGUAGAUACAUCCAAUGUAUCAGUGCCAGAGGGGCUGGAGUUUGUUGUGAACAAGUAUGCCGAGCAUACUCAUGAAAAGUGGUCACUGGAAAAGUUUGUCAGUGGCUGGGUUCAUGGAGAGCACCUAUGUGAGAACACCAAAGUUCACCCUCGCCUCAAGCCGUACAGGGCUCUUGCUGAAAAGGAGAAGGAGGCAUACCGCUGGGCCAUCAAAGAGACAAUAAAGACUAUGCUUGCAUUUGGCUGGAACAUAGAAAGGACCAAAGAAGGAGAUGCGUUUAGCAUGCAUCCAUGUACACACAGGGUCUCUCAGUCUGGACAGCUGUCAUUUGAAGGCGCAUCAACCUUCAGCCCCAAACCUGUGGACAUGAGCUGCAUCACCUUAUCAUGGGACCAAUGUGCCAUGGCUGAACAGCUGGCUGAAAACUACCACAAUGCCUGUGCUAAGAUGAAGAAAUUAGAACUUGAGAGUAAAGGAGGAGGUAGCCAUUCGCUGCUUGUACCUUAUGAUACCUUGAGUGCCAAAGAGAAGGCUAAAUUCAGAGAAAGAGCUCAGGAUGUCCUCAGGUUCCUUCAGCUCAAUGGCUACACUGUGUGGAGAGAUCGGAAGUCAGUGGAAAUGGACUUUCCAGCCAUAGCCAACUGCUUUGCAUACACGCUGCUUCAGCGGCUCCUGUCUCACACUGAGGAGGCCCAAGAGAACCUUUUAAAGCUUGAGGUGAUGCAAGCCAGAGGACAGAUGUCUAAGGGAGAGAGGGCUCCACACGAGCAACCAGUCAUUUUUCUUCACAAGGUUAUCCUUCCUCUUUUGGAACAGUAUAUUAAAAGCCACCAUCUAUAUUUCCUGUCUGCUUCCUCAAGUGAUAAUAGAAGCCAUGCCUCGAGAAAGGAAAAGGAGAUGAUUGCAUGCCUCUUUUGUAAGCUUGCAGCUCUUGUAAGACACAGGAUCUCAGUCUUCGGAAGAGAAGCCUCGUCAGUUGCAAGCUCCCUCCACGUUUUGGCUCAGGCUCUUGAUGCCAGGACUUUAAUGAAGUCAGCACCAGAGUCUAUUCAGACAUCUCUGCAUUCCUUUUUUAAGGCAGCGGCGUCUGACUUAGAGAUGACUGUGGAAACUCUUUCUGAGAGCUUAGUUUCGCUGCCUCAGAGUAGGAGUCAGCUGGCAAGAGGAGUAGCCAAGGUUCUCAACUACACAACCUCCAUCCUUCUCCCUACACUCACUUCUCUCUUCCUUCAUCUUGGAAACCAGAACCAUGGAGUAGAUCUCCUGGCUGGUGGUAUACAGGUAUCCUGCUACAGGAUCUUAAACAGCCUCUACGCUCUUGGAAUCAGUAGCAGCAUCUACAUGGAGGGUCAUAGGUCAGCAGCAGGUGCUUGUCUGGCAGCCUUGACAGGAGCUUUACCCGUGUGUUUCCUGGAGCCAGAUCUAAACCAAAACAACCCUUACUCCAUCUACAAUAUGAUGACUGCUACUCAGAUAAAAGACCAGGGAUUGCCAGAUCAGGUGGAGGACAUGUGUCCCCUCCUACCUUCUCUGGGACAGGCGCUGAGGGAAGUGGAGGAGCUGGCAGGUGCUGGAGCUCACCAGGCCCACUACAUCCAUGUUGCAGAGGUUACUUUGCCCAUGCUGUGCAGUUACAUUUCCCACUGGUGGAACUUGGGUCCUGAGGGCCAGCCAGAAAGGCCAGUGUGUACCUCUGUCGUUCCUAAGCAUGCUAGUGACCUACUUGGCAACAUCCUGCGUAUCAUCCACAAUCAUGUGGGUGCUAGCCAGGGUGACUGGAUGAAACAGCUGGCAGUUUUUUCUCAGCCAGUCAUAUGUAAAGCCCAUCCUGAGCUGUUAAAGAGCCACUUCCUGCCACUGAUGGAGAAACUGAGAAAGAGGACAGAAUGUGUGUUGGUAGAGGAGGAGCAGAUGAAAGCAGAAGGCGGGGAUACCUCUGAUGCGGAGUUGCAGAUACAAGAAAAGUUUGCUAUGCUGGUCCGAGACCUCUACGCCUUCUUUCCCCUCCUCAUCCCAUUUGUGGAUUCUCAUCGAGCCAGGUGGCUGAAAGACCUGAACCCUGAGGCUGAGCAGCUGUUCAGCAUGGUGGCAGAGGUCUUUAUAUUCUGGGCCAAAUCCCAUAAUUUCAAAUGGGAGGAACAGAAUUAUGUUGUUCAAAAUGAAAUCAACAACUUGUCUUUCUUGACCAAUAAUGACAAAACAUUCAAGCUUGACAAUGAGAAGAGGAAGAUGAGGAGGAAGAGGGGUUGUUAUUCCAUCAACACCUCUCUCAUUGUGGCUUUAAUGAAGAGGCUGACCCCUGUGGGACUCAGGGUUUGUUUUCCAAGCGAUCACAGUCUCAUCAUCGUGGCUAAGAAUGCCUUCUCUCAGGGAUCAGACAGUUUAAGACAGAAGAUUCUUACAGAGCUCCCACACCAACCCGGGACCAUCAGUGGUGCAGAAAAGACUGUUGACAGGAUUAUGGAAAUAGCUCGAGUCCUUUAUUAUCUUGACCAGGUGGAACACCCACUGAGAAACAAAAAACCUGCCAGACACACAGUUUUAUCAAAACAGAGGAAACGUGCAGUGGUGGCCUGCCUGAGAAUGACUCCACUCUAUAACCUACCCAGGCAUCGAGCUGUUAACCUGUUUCUUCAAGCCUACAAUAAAUCCUGGAUAUCUGCUGAGGAGUACAGCUUUGAAGAGACACUUGUGGAGAAUUUAGCUAAGAGGGGAGUAAUGGAACUGUAUGUAGGUGGAAGAGGGGAAGAAAAGGAUGUGAAGGAAGGUGCCAAACCAAUCGAUCCUCUCCUACAACUCAUUACACUCUUCAGUCGAAGCGCCCUGACAGAAAGCAGUAAGGAUGGAAUUGACAGUCUCUAUAAGUCCUACGCUGCUAUUAUGGCCAAGAGUUGUAGCAGAGAGGGCGAAGAGAAAGAGCAGGAGGUGGAAAGCUUUGAAGAGAAGGAGAUGGAGAAACAGAAGUUGCUGUACCAGCAAGCCAGGUUACAUUGUCGUGGCGCUUCUGAGAUGGUCCUGCAAACUAUCAGCGCCAGCAAAGGUGCCAUAGGCUCCAUAAUUGCCCCUACGCUGAAGUUAGGCAUUGCUAUUCUCAAUGGAGGAAAUGCCACUGUUCAGCAGAAAAUGCUGGAUUAUCUAAAAGAGAAGCGAGAUGUGGGCUUCUUUCGGAGCAUGGCUGGGCUUAUGCAGUCAUGCAGUGUUUUGGAUCUGAAUGCCUUUGAGAGGCAGAACAAAGCAGAGGGAUUAGGCAUGGCCACGGACGAGAGCUCAGGAGAAAAGGUGAUGCCUGACAAAGACCUAACCUGUGACCUGUUCCGUUUCCUUCAGCUGCUCUGUGAAGGACACAACUCAGAUUUCCAGAAUUACUUGAGAACACAAACAGGCAACAACACCACUGUCAACAUCAUUAUAUCCACUGUAGACUAUUUACUAAGGAUACAGGAGUCCAUCAGUGACUUCUACUGGUACUACUCAGGUAAGGAUGCGAUUGAUGCACAAGGUCAGCACAACUUCUCCAAGGCCAUCGAAGUGGCCAAACAGGUCUUCAACACUCUCACUGAGUACAUACAGGGUCCGUGUACUGGGAACCAACAGAGUCUAGCUCAUAGUCGUCUUUGGGACGCUGUUGUGGGAUUCCUCCAUGUCUUUGCGCACCUGCAGAUGAAGCUCUCUCAGGAUUCAAGGCAAAUAGAGCUUCUAAAGGAGCUCAUGGAUUUACAGAAAGAUAUGGUUGUGUUUUUGCUUUCCAUGUUAGAAGGUAAUGUUGUCAAUGGAACUACUGGAAAGCAAAUGGUGGAUAUGUUGGUGGAAUCGUCAGGCAAUGUGGAAAUGAUUCUCAAGUUUUUUGACAUGUUCCUCAAACUUAAAGACCUCACCUCCUCAGAAGCCUUCAGAGAACAUGAUCCUGAUCGUCAGGGAAGCAUAUCCAGGAAGAACUUCCAGAAAGCCAUGGAAAACUGCAAGCAUCUCUCGCAGGCUGAGAUCCACUUCUUGCUUUCGUGCAUGGAGACUAAUGAUGGUGAAAUUGUGAACUAUGAGGCCUUUGUGGAUCGCUUCCAUGAGCCAGCAAAAGACAUUGGCUUCAGCAUCACCGUUCUCCUUACCAAUUUGUCAGAACACAUGCCCAACGAUUCAAGACUAAAGACAUUCUUGGAACUGGCAGAAAGUGUCUUGACUUACUUUCAGCCCUAUCUAGGACGCAUAGAGAUCCUCGGCAGUGGGAAGCGCUUCGAACGCGUCUACUUUGAGAUCAGUGAAUAUAGCCGCACAAAGUGGGAGAAGCCACAGGUUAAAGAGUCGAAGAGGCAGUUCAUUUUUGAUGUUGUCAACGAGGGUGCAGAGAGAGAGAAAAUGGAAAUGUUUGUCAAUUUCUGUGAGGACACCAUUUUUGAGAUGCAGCUUGCAGCUCAGAUAUCUGGCUCUAACACCGGAGAAAGAAAUACUGGGAAACAAGUCGAGGAUAAACGACGCCUGGGCGAUCAGGGAAUGUUUUUCAUGAUUCAUUGGUGGCUAUUUCUCUCAACUCUACUUUCUCUGACAAACCUAAAGACACUGAUGAAGAUGACCCUGAAGGAUAUCCUCAUGUUGGCUGCUCUAUUCGUCCGAUUUAUUUGUAUGGCUCAGGUACGGUGCAUUUAUGUUUUAUUCCGCAGCAUCUUAUACGUGCUGUACAUUACUUUUGUGAGUGGUGGGCUCAUAGAGGGAGCCAAAAGGAUUAGGAUAUCUGACUUGCUUGGCGGUAUCCUUGAACCAACUCUUGAUGAGGUCACGGAGGUGCCAAGUGGUGUGGAUCAGCCGAGGAGGUACUCUGCCAGUUUUUCGUCCCACAGAGAAUUGAGGGAGAUUGGGCAGAUGGGAGCUGUGACCUCCCCCAGAGAGGUGGAUGCACUGUCAGGCAUUUUUGGCCUCAAACUAAAGAAAGAGGAAGGUCGAUACAAACUUGUAGCACAAGACCUCACUGCCAGUCUGGAUGACCUGUUCAGCACAAGUUCCAGGACCAGUGCUUCCUCUGAUAUUGAGAAGCAUCAGAUAACGCAGCAAAUUAAGGAUCACACAACCACAGAGGAUAAAAAUGAAGACAAAAAAAUGAACACAGAAGAGAAGUCUGAGAAGAAAAUUGGAAAUGAGAAAGCAAAGGCAAGAGGGAGAGCCAAGAGAUUCUCAAAUAAGUUAAAAGAACCACAGAGCCAACAAUCUGCCCUUUGGGAGACAAUUGGCACUCAUAACAAGAGCCUGCUGAACUAUUUUGCAAGGAACUUUUAUAAUCUGCGCUUGCUGGCUCUUUUUGUCACCUUUGCAAUCAAUUUCGUCCUUCUGUUCUACAAGGUAACACAGUUUCCUACCCUGAAAGUAGAGGAAGGAAUGACCACAUCUGUUUACGGUGAAGAACUGAACUCUGAUGCUGACAACAACAGCGAGGGCAGAGUGUAUUUUGUACUUGAAGAAAACAGUGGAUACAUGGAGCCCUCUCUCAAUUUCCUGACUGUAGCUCACACAAUCAUCUCCUUCUGUUGUAUUAUUGGUUAUUACUGCCUCAAGGUACCAUUAGUAAUCUUCAAACGUGAGAAGGAAGUGGCACGAAGGCUGGAGUUUGAUGGACUCUAUGUGACAAAGCAGCCUCCUGAGGAAGACAUCAAAGGCCAAUGGGACCGACUGGCAAUUAACACCCCAUCAUUUCCAAGCAAUUACUGGGAUAAAUUUGUGAAGAGAAAGGUGAUGGAUAAGUACGGUGACUUUUAUGGCUGCGAGAAGAUAAGUGAACUCCUAGGUCUGGACAAGGCUGCUUUAGACCUUAAUUCUGAAACAAAAACAAAGAAGAGGCUCAAGAGAGACACUGCCUGGAGUGCUCUAUGCAACUCCAUUGACAUGAAGUAUCAGGUCUGGAAACUAGGUGUAGUUUUCACUGACAAUUCCUUCUUGUACUUGGCAUGGUACAUGACCAUGUCGUUUCUGGGACAUUAUAACAACUUCUUCUUUGCUGCCCACCUUUUGGAUAUCGCUAUGGGUUUCAAGACACUUCGUACCAUCCUCUCCUCUGUCACACAUAAUGGCAAACAGUUGAUCCUUACCGUGGGCCUCUUGGCUGUUGUGGUGUACCUCUACACCGUUGUAGCCUUCAACUUCUUCAGAAAGUUCUACAACAAAAGUGAUGACAAGGACAUCCAAGACAUGAAGUGCAAUGACAUGCUUACUUGUUACAUGUUCCACAUGUAUGUGGGAGUGCGUGCAGGCGGUGGAAUUGGCGAUGAGAUCGAGGAUCCUGCUGGAGAUGACUUUGAGGUGGAACGGAUUGUCUUUGAUAUUACGUUUUUCUUCUUUGUCAUUGUCAUCCUCCUGGCCAUUAUCCAGGGCUUGAUAAUUGAUGCCUUUGGGGAGCUUCGUGACCAACAGGAACAGGUGAAGGAGGAUAUGGAGACCAAAUGUUUUAUAUGUGGAAUGGGAAGUGAAUACUUUGAUACGGUUCCUCAUGGCUUUGAGACUCACACGCUUCAGGAGCACAACCUGGCCAACUAUCUAUUUUUUCUGAUGUACCUUAUUAACAAGGAUGAGACAGAACACACGGGGCAGGAAUCUUAUGUGUGGAAAAUGUACCAGGAGCGUUGCUGGGAAUUCUUUCCUGUGGGAGACUGUUUCCGUAAGCAAUAUGAGGAUCAACUGGUAUGAAAUAACCUGAGAGGUCUAAAGCCUCCCUAGUGUCACAAGACAAAAUCUGUCUCGAUUUAUGCCUUUGGAGUUGCUAAUUUGCUUUCAGUUCUGUGUGUGUUUCUAUAGUAUUAAUUUUAGAUUUUGGCAUUUUUUUUUCUCUCACAAUCAAGUAUUUCAAAAUUACUAAAUUAAUUGGAACCAAAAGAUUAAGAACCACUUGUUUAUGUUCUCCUACAACAUUAGUGUGUGAUGCAUGUAUUGGCAGUCCUGUGGGAGGAAGCUAUUCAUUUGAGUGGUUUGUUAAGACUGCAGCAGCAUCUGUAGUAAUGUGGCUUUUUCUGUUUCAUAAAUCAUUAUCUGUCACAGUCAAAGCUGGCAGUCGAAAUUCAGUUUGAGGCAUUUUUUUCUUGCUGGAUGUGUGUCAUGUUUUCUAAAUAAAUUGAUUUGUUUUUCUAAUCAGAGCUUCCCAUUCCUUCCUCCUGUGACAUCCAUAUAAACACUCUCCCUCUGGCAUUUGCUCUUUUUACUCUCCUCUGUUUCUUGUGGCUCUCUUGUCUUGUCUGUUGUGCUCAUCUCUCCAGGAUCCUUACCCUUCGGUCUUUGCUGUUCCCCCCCUCCCGCGUUCCUUCUGCUCCCCUGCAAUUCCUCGUAUCGAGCUCUUUCCCACCAUCAUUGUCAGCUGUGGUGUAGCACGCUAGCAGAUCUCUCGCCAUUCAGGUCAAAACAAUGUUUCUGACACCCGUCUCUGAUGGCCGAAAAGUCCUGAGAGAGUUCGUGGGUAUAACUCAAUGACUAAAAGAGUGUGCUGAGUUUUGUUAAACUGUUAAAUCAUGCUGAGGUUAACAACAGGAUGACAGGAGUUGGAGUGCCACCUACAGAUAUUGUCCUCAUUAUGCAAAGGUCACACUGAGUCGAACAGAUGUACUGCUGAUAUGGAUUCAAGUUGUUUUUGAGUCAUGACCAUGGCACAGUAUUGUUAAAGUAUUGUGAAAAACUUGGGGAAACUUGUGCUGUUUGUGUCAAAAAAAUAGUAGCAAGUACUCAAUAUUUAUUUAUUUAUAAUUUAAUUCACUAAUUAGUUUUAAUUUGUUUAAAAAAAAAAACAGUUGCAAAUGGUUUCUUUUCUAAACACAUAUACAUUUUUCUGUCUCGAAGCACUUUUAACCUAACAUUUACACACUCAGGCCCCAAUGCGUUGAGGACAACUUAAGGUUCAGUAGCUUGCUCAAUGAUACUUCAACAUGUAACUUGGAAGAGCCAGGGAUUAAAGCAAAGGGAUAAAUGUGAGAGGAAAAAAGAAAGUUCAACAUGCAACAACUGUGACAGAAUUUCCAUGUAACUGUAGAUGUAUAUAAAUGACUCAAGUGUGAGUUGUAGUCUGGCCAUUCUUAGUUUUAUGGGUCUUUUUCACAGCACAACCUUUACGUGCACAACGCAAAUAUCCCAGUGCUCCCCAAUUCUGUGUCAUGCUAUAUUUUCAUGCUUUUUUUAUAGCCAUGGUUACUGCUGACCAUGCAGUUGUAAUAUUCUGGAUAUGAUUAACUUCUCAACAAAUUGCAAAUGUCAUUGGUUUGUACAGAGCACCCAACCGAUGGUACCAGAACUUGUCACUUUCUUUCUGUACCUCACAAAUUACAGUAAUCUGUGAAUUGUGAUGGAUUGGGAGCUGUUAUGUCUGUUAUUGUUCUGAUGAUUACUUUGUAACAGAUUCUAUGGACCGCCAUUCAACAUCAAACCGCGACUGCCGAUAUAACAUUGAUGUAUUAAACAAUGCUUACUGCUUACAAGAGUCUGUUUAAACCUGUAAUUUGGUGCUUCUCGACGCCGUGUUGUAAUGUUUGACAAAUAAAUGAUAGAAACAGAA